ACUUCUUUCAUGUGCAACAUAUUGAAAUUUACAUCUUUCAGAAGAGUAACGAAGGAUCUGUUUCAUCAACUGUCAACAUAGGUGAAAAAUGGCAAAGGAUGAGGAAGAUUCUAAGGAAGUUUGCAGGAUGAACUGGGACUUUUCCAGUGUAAUUUCUGAACGGGUCAGGGUGGAUGUACUGGCGGUAAAAAAUGUGGUGGAGAUGCUGUCUGCUGGUGAUACCAUUCCAUUCAUUGCUAGGUACAGGAAGGAACGCACUGGGGAUAUGGAGGUGGACAAGAUACGGGAGGUAGAGGCAAACAUGGAGGAGCUGAGAGCUGUUGAGGCCAAGGCAACCUCUGUUUUGAAAAGUGUAAAGAAAUUAGGAAAGUUGACACGAGAACUGAAAUGUGCCUUGGAAAAUUCCAUCUUAAUAUCAGAAGUAGAUGCUUUGUAUGCCCCAUACAAACCAGGCCACAAGGGAACGCUAGCGGAGAGAGCCCGAGCCUUGGGACUAGAACCUCUAGCACUACAGUAUAUUAACCAUCCAUGGCGUAUAGAUACAGAGGCCUACAUCAGACCCGACACAAAAGGUGUGUCUAGCCUAAAGGAGGUGGAGGCAGGAAUACAGCACAUUCUGGCUGACAUGAUGACCAAAGAUAAGGAAGUGAUUGACCUGGUCAGAGUGCUGACGGACGACCGGGGAAUAACCUUAGAAUCGACAGAAUCUAAGGGAUUGAAGAAAAAACUCAGUGACAAGUCACAUGAUAAGGAAUUAGACAAGGCUUAUAAUUAUGAAUCUUAUUUCAAUUUCCGUCGACUAGUUUCACACAUACAGUCUUAUCAGGUGCUGGCUAUCAAUAGAGGAGAAGAACAUAAAAUUUUAUCUGUUACCAUCACAUACCCUCAGAACAUUAAAUACAGGUUUUACCAGUUUCUAAAACGACGCUGGCUUAGGGAUGAGCAUCGUAUGCCUGAAGCUGCAGUUUCCAUGGUGAAGAAAGCUACUGAAGAUGCAUUUGAUCGACUUAUACAGCCACAAAUGACAAGACAAAUAAGGUCAGAGUUGUUGAAAAAAGCAAGGAAAUCUUCCAUCCAAGUGUUCGCCGAGAACUUGAAGCAGCUGCUUCUGACACAGCCUUGUAAAGGAAAAAAUAUCAUUGGACUUGACCCUGGAUUUACAAAUGGCUGUAAGACAGCUGUCAUUUCAGAUACAGGGAAAGUACUUGAAACAGCAGUGUUAUAUCUACGGGAUCACUCUAUGAAAUGGAAGAUAUUAGACCUGGCUAAAAAACACAGGUGCAGUAUCAUUGCCAUUGGAGACGGAUCUGGAUGCCGUGAGUCAGAAAAAAUGAUUUCAGAUGCCAUCAAAGAAAAUCGAGCAAACAUCCAAUAUUGUAUUGUGAGGGAGAGCGGGGCCUCUAUAUACAGUGUAACAGAUGUAGCGAAACAGGAACUACCUAAUCUCGAGCCAAUGUUAAGGAGUGCAGUAUCCAUUGCCAGACGUUUACUGGACCCUCUGGCAGAGUUUGUGAAGGUUGAUCCAAAACAUCUUGGUGUAGGACAGUACCAGCAUGACAUGCCCGAGAAACAGAUGCAGACUUCGCUUGACUCUGUAGUGGAGGAGUGUGUCAGCUUUGUGGGAGUGGACGUCAACACAGCAAGUGAACAUCUUCUGCGGAGAACAGCUGGACUGACAGCUAGUCGUGCCAAGAACAUCGUGGAGUGGAGAGAGAAGAAUGGAGCAUUCAUCAACAGAGACCAGAUCCGUCAUGUUAAGGGGGUUGGGGCCAAAUCCUAUGAGCAGUGUGCUGGAUUUAUCAGAGUACAUAGUACAUCUGUUGCCCAGGUUACACAAGAAAAAGAUGAAGAACCUGAGGCCUGCACGUCAGGAGGUAGGAAAAGGAAAGCUACCACAAAAGUCAGCAAGGCUAAGAAAGCCAAAAUGUCCGACCAACCAAACCCACUAGAUAUGACCUCCAUUCACCCAGAAAGUUACCCACAAGCUCAACGACUUCUGGAAAGAAUUGGGGUGAAUCCAUCACAAGUUGGACAAGCCCAUUUUAUCAGACAGGUCCAGGACUUCAUGAAAAAAACAAGUGUAACCCAGCAGGCAGCAGAGUUAUCUGUAGGAGAGCCUACAUUGGAUCUCAUUGUCAGUGCUUUACAGCAGCCCCUUAACUAUGAUUUUCGUGAAGGUUUUGACAAGCCUUUAUUUCGGUCUAGAACAUCUGGGUUUGAUGAACUCAAGGUUGGAGAGAUACUCACAGGAAAAGUUGAGAAUGUAACACACUUCGGGGCAUUUGUUGAUGUAGGGGUGGGGGAGAGAGGACUGCUCUUUAACAGCGCCAUGAAGGGACAGCACAUACAGCUAGGUAACCGCCUCGAAGUGAAGGUCCUCUCUCUGGACAGGGGACGUAAACGAUUCAGACUAGAAUUUGUCAAGUUCGGGUGACUUAACUGCUUUCUGUAA